AUAAAUUACAUCGCCUCUUUGUUAUCUGAUAAGCUGCUAAAAAGAGAAGAGAAUAGAAUUGUGCGUUCAUUUCUUUAGAAAUCACGUGCUUAAUUUUUUUCAAGAUCGAGUGUCCGAUACAUUUAAAGUGAAUGUGAUUGUCAAUGUUAGUAAACUUAUGUUAGUGAUAUUCUUGCGAAAAGUAAAUCAUAUUCAAAGUUUGUAUACACAGAAGGUCGCGAGUGAUAGUUCGUAGCUGCACAAUAGAAACGGAAAUACUGCGUAAACGAGCAGUCGAUACAACUCGAUAAGUAAAAAGUCGGCAGUUUGUCAUUAACAUAUCAAACAUUCAAUUUGUGAUAAUUAUCGUAAGACUUAAUUAGAGGCUCAUAAAUUAACAAUUCUCGUGAUAUUUGUAUUGUUGUUGUUUAUGUGUCAUCGACAUAAGAAGUGUUAAAUUAUUAAAAAGAGAACAUGAAACCAAUGACAAGUUUGCAGUCACAUGACUGAAUGUCGGCGGAAAGUAAUCAACAAUAAAUGUAAUUUAAACAAUCAUCAGACCAGACAUUCACAAUAAAUGAAAAUAAUAAAUUUGAUAGACGAGAACAUCAUCUAAUAGAGAGAAAAAUGUGUAAAUGUUUUCAGUUAUGCUGGGAGGAUCUAUAUUGGCAAUGCUAUGAGGAGAAAUAUGGCUAUGAUGAGAGCAUUGCGAAUUACGAUCCGUCACAAGACGAAUAUUCUGCUAAGAAUGGACACAUCACAGCGAAUGGAGAUGUGGCCAUAACAUCACAACCAACUCACAUUCAACGGAAUAUCUCCAUGAAUAGUGCAAAAAUUCACGAAGAUGAUCAUAGACGAGAAAUUCAAGUUGCAAAUGUAAACCUCGCACCAGAAAUUGUCCAAGUUUUUGCGAACUCGCAGAUUUUCCAUGACCACAAGCCGCUUGUUACAAAGCCAGUGUCACCACAGCCUGCUACAUUUUCUAUUGGAGCACCAAAGAUUAUAAAAUCGACUAGCGACAAAGAUUCAAAUAAACUUUUAAAACAUUUGGAAGAAGAAAACCCUUCACAUGCCACUCCAAGCACGCCACCGACAAUCAUUGAAACGCCUGUAAUUGAUGAGGAAUAUGAUCAAGUUGAUGAAGUCAUUAUACGUCCCAAUUACUUGCGAUCAGUAAACUCAACUGCUAAUCUACGUCCAGUGAAUAGAAGUCUGGCAAAUUUACAAAGUCCGCCAUACAUUAAACGAAAUGCAAGUGAAAAUGACAUUUUCACAAUUGCCACGACAGCAGACAAUAACGACGUUAAUCGGUUAAGUAUGACACCAGAAGUGCCGUCAAUUACUUUCAGUACUCUUCCUAAUAAUUACGCAGUUACUCCGAAAAUUGAUAAAUACAGAAAAGAACCACCGACACUUCUCGAGAUUCAAACAGCAGAAAUUAAAAAUUCAAUGGAUGAUUUCUCGAUGCCGCGGUAUUAUGGAAAGUCUGAUUUGAUUCUUAACAGAAGUUUUGAAGCCACUGGCUCUUCAAAUUCCAUUGGAUCAUCUGGCUCGUCUUCGUCGCAAUCCAAGAAAACACACGACAAAGGAAAAAGAUUAAAGAAUUUUAGAGCUCACUUACCGCCUUUGACGAUUCAUUCGAAAGAGAAAGUUGAAAAAGAGAAAUGAAGACAUCAACAAAGUCAACAAUAAAUUCCUUUUAGAUUUGUAAGACUUUAUCUGAACAGUAUUGUUUUAGGAUACGAGUUAGCACUUUAAGAAUUUUAAGAUUUUAGGUGAUGGAACUUCACUAAACAAUAAAAUAAAAUCAAAUCUCUU